UCUUGAUAAAAUUUGGGGAAUUUGGCGGUCGGUGUUGGGAACUCGAUUGCCGUUUGAGGAAAUGGGCUGUUGUGAUUUUUUUUGAACGGGUUGUUGAAAAUUUGUUUGGAUUUAGAGGAUUGAAGUAGGUUUUUGAUGGCUCCUCGUGCAUGCUAUGUUUUAUGCGUUUUCAAUUUUUUGGUUUCUUCGAGACGGAGAGAUUUUUAGUUUUCUUUUUGAGGAACUGCUAAGAUUUCAUUUGUGUUUAGAGUUUUCUGUUUCAUGGAUGUAGAUCACAAACGAAGAUUUUAAGAAUUUUCGUUUGGUUUUCAAUUUUGGAUAUUUAUUGGUAGGUUGAGAGAUUUUAGAGAUUUUUGUAGCAAUAAUUUAAGCCACUUUCAAUGAUAAAAGAAGGGAUGAUGUGUUUUCUCUUACCUUUUAGCUUCUAGGUUUUCUAGAUUCGGGUCUCCGAAGAUUUGGAUUUCGCUCGUAUACUUUAUUCUGCUUGCCAAGAAAAUGACAAUCAUUUGAAACGUAUUCCAUGUUGUAUGUUCUGCUGACAUGAAUUUCCUCCUGGUAUAGAAUGCUGCAGUUGUUGUUGUUUUUAAAUGAGAUACAACUUUUGCUCAAAGCGUACGAAACUCAUAACAAAUGAUGAACUUUAAAAUGUAACAAAAAACUAAUUCAUCAAAUUGAAUUAGGAGAAUUAGUAUCGAACUGCUCAUAGAACUUGGAUUAUACUUUUGAAACCUCCAGACUCCAUAGGAAAUGUUGAAAAUAAAUCUCGAAGAGAGCAUUGGAAGAUAAAAUUCACACAUUUUCAAGAGGGAUGUAUAUAGAAAGGAGAAAUGCUUAGAAGAUCCAAUUUUCUCCAAAAAUGAAGGGCUAAUGCUGCAGUUGUUAUUUUGACAUUUUUCUUAACUGAACUUCUUCUGAUUUUUCAAGAGUUUUGUGUUUCCAGGGAUUCUCUUUAGGAUUUGUCUUGAUUUUGUUCGGUUGCAAAGAUGAGUGACAAUUUGAUGGAUAAAGUUAGUGCCUUGGGUGAACGCCUAAAGAUUAGUGGGGCAGAGAUGAGCCGGAAGAUGAGUGCAGGUGUCAGCUCUAUGAGUUUCAAAAUGAAGGAACUCUUUCAAGGUCCUAACCCGGACGAUAAACUUGUUGAAGAUGCCACAUCAGAGACACUGGAAGAGCCAGAUUGGGCCCUGAAUCUUGAAAUCUGUGACAUGGUUAAUUCUGAAAAAAUCAACAGCAUAGACUUGAUUCGUGGGAUUAAAAAACGAAUAAUGGUAAAAAGCCCCAGGAUCCAGUAUUUGGCAUUGGUGCUGCUUGAGACGUGUGUUAAAAAUUGUGAGAAGUGUUUCUCCGAGGUGGCAGCGGAGAGAGUUCUUGAUGAGAUGGUGAAGCUAAUUGAUGAUCCGCAAACUGUUGUCAAUAAUCGGAACAAAGCUUUAAUGUUGAUUGAAGCAUGGGGGGAAUCAACUGGUGAACUUCGCUAUUUGCCUGUUUAUGAAGAAACGUACAAGAGUUUAAAAUCAAGAGGCAUUCGAUUCCCUGGUCGGGACAACGAGAGUCUUGCACCCAUUUUCACUCCUCCUCGCACAAUUUCUGCUACGGAGACAGAAGCCAGUCAUAUCGAACAGUUUCAUCACGAUAUUCCCGUGCAAACCUUUACAGCUGAAGAAACAAAGGAAGCAUUUGACGUUGCAAGGAACAGCAUUGAGCUUCUCUCAACAGUGUUAUCCUCAUCACCUGCUCAGGAUACUUCGGAGGAUGAUCUGACCAAGACACUCGAACUACAAUGUCGCCAAUCACGAUCGGCCAUCCAAAGAAUUAUCGAGACCGCUGAAGACAACGAGGCCCUUCUUUUCGAGGCAUUGAAUGUGAAUGACGAAAUUCAGAAAGUCCUUUCCAAGUACGAAGAUCUGAAGAAGCCUUCAACAACUUCUCCACGUGAACAAGAACCUGCCAUGAUACCCAUUGCUGGGGAACCUGAUGAAUCUCCGAGUCACGCCAAGGAAGAAGAUGCUCUGGUCAGAAAAGCUGCCACUUCCGGCAGCCGGUCUGGCGGCGGAAGCAGUGAUGAAAUGAUGGAUGAUCUUGAUGAGAUGAUAUUUGGGAAGAAAGGUGGAAGUGCAUCUGAUCGGGGACAGGAACCGAAGAAGCCAGAUUCAUCAAAAGACAAUGAUCUCAUUUCCUUUUGAUUUUGAGCUUUUGGUUUGAACUGAUUCAUGAUAAUCACACACUCUCCUAAUUUAGAAAGAUUUAUUUGAUGUUAAAAGAUCUUUAUGUAACUUUACAUGUUUAGCUGCAUUUUAUAAACGUCUACACUAACUAGUGCACAUUUUCUAUUAUGAACUUCCAAGUGUUGAAAAGAUUGAGUUUGGAAGCUCAUAUGCCUAAAUUCAAUUCAUGGGCUAAGAAUUUCUUC